UUUAAAAACCCAUCGACUCACCAUUGGGCCACACGAGUCUCUCUUUCUCUCUUUGUCUUUCUGAGUUCUGAGAGAGAGAGAUAGAGCAGAUGAAUUCGGAAGCAAUGGGGACGCCAUCAAAGCCAAGGCCUCCUGGUGUGGUUGAGGCUGUGGAGGAGAUCAUGAGGAUCUACAGGUCCCUGCCACCAAGACCUUCCAUAGAGGAAGUGGAGGCAGCCAUGGCUGUGAUCAGAACUGCAGACAGUGAAGAGGAGGCGAGGAUUGCGGAAAUUGGCAAGAUCCAGAAGCCCCCGGAUGUUCCAGAGGAGCUCUUCCUUGUGCUGCAGGAGGUGAGGAACAACUUGAUCCUGUUGCAGGGCCAGGAGCAGAGGAGGGAGGCCAUGACUGUGGUGGAGCUGGAUAAGAGGUUCCAGGUGUUUGACGAGCUCAUACAGAGGGCUUCCGAGCUGGUCUCAUCAGAGGAAGGUGGAGGAGUCUGUGAGGAGAAGGAAUUCAAGGCUGAUUUUAACGUGGAGGUGCCUAGAAUUGGUAGGAGUUUGAGUUUGGUCAAGGAGGAGACUGAUGAGAAGGGGGAACAAGAUGUUUCCCAUGUGCUUGUUCAUUCCUCCUCAAAGUCUCAAGUCCCUUCAGCUAAUGGUGACACAAAAAAGUUAAGUCUCAUCCAAGUGGCAAGCUUAAUCGAGACUUCAGCAAAGAAAGGAAUUGGAAUUCUUGAUCUCCAGGGCAAGUUGAUGGACCAAAUUGAGUGGCUUCCAAACUCACUCGGAAAACUGCAAGAUGUUGUUGAACUGAAUUUAUCGGAGAAUCGAAUCAUGGCACUUCCAACAUCUAUUGGAAGCCUGAGGUCCUUAAAAAAGCUUGAUAUCCACUCAAACCAGCUGAUAAACUUACCUGACUCAUUUGGAGAACUAUCCAAUUUGGUUGAUCUCGAUUUGCAUGCAAAUCGACUAAAAUCACUGCCUUCGACAUUUGGGAAUCUUACGAGUCUAGCCAAUCUUGAUCUGAGUUCGAACCAGCUGUCUGUGCUCCCAGAGACAAUAGGAAACCUAACAAACUUGAGAAGCUUGAAUGUUGAGACAAAUGAACUGGAAGAGCUUCCUUACACUAUCGGGUCAUGUACUGCGCUCGUUGAGCUCAGACUGGACUUUAAUCAUUUAAAAGCACUGCCUGAAGCAGUUGGAAAGCUUGAAUGCUUGGAAAUCCUUAUAUUGCAUUAUAAUAGAGUCAAAUCCUUACCGACCACUAUGGCUUCACUUUCUAAACUGAAAGAACUCGAUGUCAGCUUCAACGAGCUUGAGUCGAUACCCGAGAGCCUUUGUUUUGCCACUAGUCUAGUGAAGUUAGAUGUCGGAAGGAACUUUGCAGAUUUGACGGCAUUACCCCGAUCAAUUGGAAAUCUAGAGAUGCUAGAAGAGCUGGACAUAAGCAGCAACCAGAUAAGGACACUGCCUGAUUCUUUCAGACUACUGUCAAAGCUUAGAGUGUUCAAUGCGGAUGAGACUCCACUGGAAGUACCACCAAGGCAUGUGGUUAAGCUGGGAGCUCAGGCUGUGGUUCAGUACAUGGCCGAUUUGGUUUCAGGGAGGACGGCGAAUGUUGAACAGGCAAGAAGGCCAAGAGGAUUCUGGUUUUGGCUGUGCUCAUUAUGUACGACCUCGGAGGAAGAAUGAAAAGGCAGGCAUGGCAUCCAUUAAAAAACAGGAACCCCCCAUGAUUCCUUCUGGUCCUUGUACAUUGGUUUUGUUCUACUGUAAGCUUGAUCUUCUUUUUUCUGGGUUCGAAGACACUCACUUGUCUGUAAGAUCGAACUGCGAUGUCAUGUUUUUGGUCCUUGGCAUGGUCAUUCAUUUAGAAAGAACAACUACAAUGUUCUUCACAUACAUUUGGCAUCAGCCUUUGAUGGUGUUUCUCCUAUCAUUGUCUUUUGUACAGAUGCAAAUGCUACCUGUGAGGUGUGUGCAUUCCAAGCCUCCGGAAUUCUCUUCAGCUCGCUGGUAGCUUCUACAUGACACCACGUUGUUACAUUGCUUGGGAGCUUAGUGGUCCAUUGAGUCUGCAGAGAAGCUUUGGCAUCUUUCACUCAUUUGGUGCAGACAGUGAUGUUUUGUAAUGAGCAGCUCAGCCAUGGCUGUGUGUGUUUUCUUUGUUUUUCAGCAAAGGAAUUUUUUAUUUUAACUGAAAAUAAAGAUUCUGUGAGUGGUGUCGGAUC